AUGUUGAAGAAUAAGGCUGAAUCCAAUGUUUUCCUAACAUUCUCUGGUGUCCAUGGACAAGAGGGAUUUGUUGGUAGUCCAAUUCAAAUUGCCAUGAUUAAGAACGACACCAAGUAUCAAUUCAAUCUUCCUGAUAACACCUAUCCUGUUCACAUUCACAUGUUAAAUCCAUACGGAGCCAGUUAUGCAACAAAGGAAAAUGAAAACAAUGUCGACAUGUUGAAGAAUCUGAAUGAACAUUACAUUGAUGCACCUGGUUGGGAAAUUUCAAAGAACGUUUUAUUGGAACAAUUCAUUGAUGGUAUGAAUAUUUCACAUCUUCACUUGGACACAGUUCAAGCACAAGCAGUCAACUACUUUUACACUCUAUUGGCAAAGGUCGGUCUUCCAGCAUUCACACAAUCAUCAGUCAUUGGACAAAUUCACAGACAAAUUGGAAUUGCCUACGCAGGAACCACUGAAGAAUGGACUGCCAAGCAAGUCAAAAUCAUUUUGAAUCAACUCUUGAAGGGUUACUCCUCCGAAUAUACCAAGAGUAGAAAGGUUUUAUAUAUUGACUUGCACAGUGCUGUUGGCGAGUAUGGAAAUGUGUAUGCCAUGUUCGAUCCUGAAUGGAUCCCCUUCGCUAAGCAAUACCUCCUCAAGAAUGAAUACAUUCACGACAAUUUAUUUCCAUUCCCAAGUGGUAAAUACUUUGGUCAUUUCAUUAAGGAUCAUGCCUUAAUGAGUGGAAGUGAGGCCAAUUUAACCAUCGUUCCAACUGCAUGGGAAAUUGGAACAUUUCCACAAGAUGCCUAUCAAAAUUACUUUUUAAUGCAAUUGAAUUGUAGAUUUUAUCAAAAUUUACCAGAUAGAAGUGCACAAUUUUGUCCAUUUGUUAAUUCAAAAGUUGGUGAAUAUUUCUAUCCUCAAGAUGACAGUUGGAAAACUUGGGCAUUUGGAAAUUUGACAGUUGCAAUGAGAAGUUCAAUGAAUGGAAUGAAUCAAUGGGUUUUAGAUGAAAAGUGGAGAAUUGCAAGUUUGGCAAAUUGUAAUAUUAUGCAAUCAUUGAUGGUUAUUGUAAUGAUUAUUUGUUUGAUUGUUUUAUUGUAA